UGUGGUAUGUAAACGAUGUUUCGUAAAUAGCGCCAAAAAUCAUUGCUUUUCGUAGAGUGCGAGUGUGAUCAUUUUAUUGUAUAUCAAUUUCAUAAUUUCACAUGAUUUCGCAUUCUGCAUGUGAAAAAGAACAAAAGUCCGAACAUAUCCUUUUUGAAAAUAUAAGGUUAUAUAGGAGACGAAGUUAUAUUGGUCCUUUAUGAAACAUUUGUGUACUUAACCUUUAGACUGCGGAUUUUAUGCAUUUAUGACAAAAAUAAGUAGGUCAAUUUUAAAACAAUAGACCGAUUAAGAGAAUUAAAGGGCGCCAUUAUAUUAUUUUCAAUUUACUGAAAUUGUUAAAAAAAGGAAGAACUUACUGUUGUUGCAAUUCACAUUUUGCAUAAAGAUCCGCAGUUCACAAAUCAUGAAUUCUGCACGCAAAGAAUCGAUUUUAUCAAAGAGAAUAAUAGAAUUUGAUAACCAUUUUGAUGAAGCUGUUCUUAUUGACAGAAAUGGAAAACAGAAACUAUUUUCUAAUUUGAAUAAAAGGUUCAAGAAAAAUAUAUGUUACGUUAAAACUGAUAAAUCUGAGAAAAGGAGCUUUGUAAAACAAUGUAUGCCUGGAUUAAAGAGAUUGAAUAAUUUCAAUGUAAAUCCUAUUUCUAAGAAGAAACACUACAAAUCACAUAAUCGUUCGGAUGAAAAUGUAUUUGAGUGUUACAAAUCAUUAAAUGAAAACAAUAUUUCAACAUAUAAUCAAAACUUACAUAAUGGAAAUAAUAUAAAAGUACAAGAGACAGAGAACAUGGAAGAAGAAACAAAACAACUAAAUUUUAAUCCUUGCAUAUCGAAGGUAAUAGAAGAAUUAAAGCGAAUAUUAUCUAAUUUUAUAAUGCAAAUAAACAAUUUGCACCUAAAACAUCUGGGGAAUGAAGUAUUAAAUCAAGGUGAUGCUGAAGAUAUGGUAUUUAUUAUUGGUUGCAUCAUUAGCAAAUUGAAAGAAGAACUAUGCGACCAAGAAAACGUAUUAACAAAGUCCUAUCUUCAACAGACCCUAAAGUAUAAUUUUGAACAAUCAUGUUCUCACAAGUCUGCUAAUCCUAAUAAGAAUACGUCACAGUUACAAACUAGAUUAUCAUUACAUGAAGAAUCAUUGGACAACAUAACUGUAGCGAAUAAUAAUAAGAAUAAUUACAUACCUGUAGAAAUAAAGUCUCAAAAACAUGAAGGGAAUUUAUCAAUAGGAAGUAGUACCAUCGCUACUGCUGUAAUUGAAAUUAACAAUAAAAUUGAUUCGUGGAACAAACAAAAUAAAAAUUUUAAUAAUUUAAAAGAGAUCGAUGUCACUAGAACAAGUAUUAAAAAGCCUCGUAAUAUUUUCAAGAGUUUACAUGAUAAUAAUUUGGAGAUCACAAAAACAAAUUGGAAGUCUCCUACAGAAAUUGAAACCACCGUAACAAUUGAACCUACUGUCACAGACCAGCACCCUAUUAAAACUAAAAAAGAUUUAUUGGAAAAGAGACCAACAUCAAUGGAAAUACAGUCUGCGGAAUCAGAUUAUGGCAAUGAUCAAGUUAGUAUAUGUAGUACAAUAAAUUUGAUUUCUGAAGAGGAUGAUUUGUCACAAGAUUAUAGAGAACACUUUUGUGAUUCACACAAUACGAUCACUGAAUUUGAAACUGAAAACUUGAGGUCCUAUAAUUCGGAAGAAACACUAAUUAUACCAAAUAAUAAAAAAAGUACUACCUGUAAAGAAAACUUAAAUGUAAACGAUACAUAUGGUAAUAUUGAAAUCGAUGAAGCAGUUUCAAUGAGUAGUAGUACAUCUUCUCUUUAUAUGAUUCCUAGUUUUUCACAGGAUGUGGAGAAUACAAAUCGUGUAAAUAUAAAUCCAAGUGUCAGAAAGCAUAAAGAUAUUGUGGAUAAGAAGUUAUUUAUGAUUUGCACAGUAGAACUAGAAAAGCUUAAAAGUAUAUCGAAGACAGUAAGAUAAGAUGAUACUGUUCUAUUACCAUACUUUUUCAUUAUUUAAUACCACUCUACUUUUUGUAUAGAUUACAAAAAAGUAUAUAAAGAUGAAUUUAAUAUAUCAAUGUAAAAUGAAUCAGAAAAUGUACUGAAAUAAAUGUAAUUAUAUUUUCCCGGAAACAAAAUAGAAUAUGCUACACAUAUAUUUUUAUAUUUAUGUCUGUAUUCAUUGGAAUAAAAGUUGAUCAAAACAA